AUGGCAGACAAACCCAAGGCGUCCGGCGGCAACCCAACCUCGUCAUCGACGUCGUCGGCCAGCUACGUCUCGUCGUCGGGACAUGUUCUCGAAACACCUCCCCUCGCCGCCCGCAUCUCCCGCCUCGGCGACGACAUCUACAACUUCCUGGGGCUGUACUUUGUCUCCCUGUUCAGUCUGGACCCGUACACGGCGGCGCAGAAUUCGCAAUUCAACACCCGCGGUCGGCCGAACGCGUACCAGGAACGGUCGCGGUGGGGUGGCGUGAAUCGCACGGGUGGUGGUGGCCCUGCUGGCGGCGGUGCUGCUGGCACCGGUUCCGGCUUCGGCGGACGCGGAGGUGGAGGUGGAGGAGGAAGUGGUGCAGGGAGGAGAUUCGGCGGAAUAGAUGAUGUCAGGGCUCCAGAGUGCGGAAGCUGUGGUUGA